AUGGCCGAUGAACCCACAGCGGAUUACCCACCUCCGUCCAAACGACCUCGGGUUCUAGUCGCAUGCCGACGCUGUAAACAAAGAAAGACAAAGUGCGAUGGUCUGGAGCCUUCUUGCUCUUCCUGCCUUAGAACUGGCAGUGAAUGUAGAUACGUCGGCUCAGUGGGACCGACCGCUGCCGAGACCAAGAUAUACGUCAAGACCCUGGAGCAUCGUGUCGCAGAGCUUGAGAGCAUCUUGUCUGCUAAUGGAAACAUUGAUGUUGCCGGCGAUCAUUGGGAGCGAGUACGCCCGCGAGCCGACAGCAUUGACGCCUUGUCCAGUGCCGUUUGUGAUUUAUCUCUCAAUGCAUGUGGAUUUUAUGUAGGGGGCAGCUCGAGCCUUGCCAUAGGCAGUCUCCUAGCUUCUCUUGUUCAGUCUGGUCAGAGGCAUUCUGGAAAUCGGCCCAUCUCCCGUCCUCGCAGACACCUCGCCGAGCUAGAGCCUGCCUCAGAACCCUUCCCCCAGGACAAUGAUUACCAUGUGCCGGAUAUCUCAUGUUUCGACGAUAGGAACCUCGACAGGUUAUUCGAUGCUUAUUUGAACUUUUUCUCGAGUCAGCUUCCUGUUAUACAUACUCCAGUACUCCAAAAGUUCCAUGAACGGCGGACUGAGAUCACGGACCCCUUUGAAGCAAGCAUACUUCAUCUUGUCUACGCUAUUGGUGGGCGAUGUCUGGAGCUUGCUGGUAUGGCUAGGAAUUUCACAUUUUCGGCUGAUCAGCAUUAUGAAGCGGCUAUGGAAUGGCGCGACGUCAUCAUUGGACAUUGUGAUCGAAGGACGGUGAUCUUCCUGGCCUUGGCUGUUUCAUAUUGCCUGCGAGCGCCAAGGGCACCUGGACCCUGGAUGAUGAUAGGCCACGCUGUCAAGCUUUGUGUAUCGCUUGGCCUUCACAGGAAGUCCAAUGCGCUGCAGCCUGAUCCCCAGCGCGAACUAGACACACGGGCGUUCUGGGCCUGCUAUUGUCUUGAUGUGGACACUACCAUAGCAUCGGGACGGCCCCCUUCCAUAUCCAAUCGCGACAUCGACGUUUCGUUACCUUUGGACAUGGAAGAAUCGAGCACCUCAAUUCAAGAUUUCCAAAACGCACCAACGCAGAAUGGAAAUAAGCCGAGAAGGCUUACAACUAGUCUCAGCUAUUUCAUUCUCGGCAUAGAAUUGAGAAAAAUCAUUUCGUCAAUACAGCACGAGAUAUAUCGGGUAGACCGCAAUGUCAAUGCAUCUCACGAGUUAUUCGAUAUGUUUCUGGAAGAGCUAGAUCUUUGGAAAGCCGAUGCCUUGUUAUUCAGCAAACCAACCAAUGGAGCGGAAAGCUCUGUGCAUCAAGAGACGGAUGGCUCGCGUUCGCCGAUCGAGAAUCCGAUGCUUAUAAUACAAUACCACAACGCAACACGACUUCUCCUAUUUCCGCAGCUUACAGAACCACAGGUUCAUACGCCUUAUCUCAGGCGCUGUGCCACCGCAUGUAUCGAUGUCUGCCAACGGUACAAACAGGCCCACGAUGCGAAUUUCCAAAUAUGCUAUUCUCCCCACUCCAUACAGUCAGUCUUUCUUGCUGGGCUUACUCUUAUUUACUGUAUGUGGCUUGAGCCCCGAGAAGUGCCAUACCACGCAUCGCGCGGUGCAAUCACGGACUGUAGCAUAAUGCUCUACGUCAUGGCGGAGCGAUGGCCAGAAGCGCAGCGCUACAGAAACAUAUUCGAACGUACGAGAAUAUCAAUGCUCAAGAUCAUAGCAGGAGACACGUCCCAGAAGACAUGCGCGGCACUCGACGGCAUCAACACAGAUGAGGCAUCAUUUGUUGGCAGCCUGGGUAAUGAGAUGGGAGGUAGUGCAUCCUUCUGCCUCUCCCAUAUUCUCCAAAGCGUUAGUAAUCAGCGUAGGACGGAAACAGCACCCCAUGUGGCCAGCAUCAGCUCACCAGUGGAAGACAUCAUACCCGAGCCUGCUUCAACAGGCCAAGAUUUGUUGGACACGGCACAUUUUGGUAGCUCCUAUAAUGGAUUGCUCUGGAGUAUUGAUUUUAGUGGCACAUAG